GGCCAAUUGACUAUCGAUAAGCUACUUGUUACCCGAUUUAAUUUAGGUGAAGAAACCCACUCUGCGCACUCCGUGCCGAUACACGGGUAGGUCCAUAUUGCCAUUGCAACGCCCAAAAUUUUACAACGUCUUAUCGUUCCCUCUUCAACUUUUCUAACCUACCUCAUACCUCCUUAGGUACCUACAAUUUACAACCACAACCACAACCACAACCCCACCUUCAGACAACCAUGGCCUCAAGAGCGUUGACACCUAUACGCGCCGCGGCCCGACGGGUACGCACAAUAUCAAUUCCCCAAUCUCAAACGCAACCAUCUAUCCGGACUCUCGUUAGCACCUCGAAAUCCAAGGCGGCGUCCACCGUCUCCACCAGGGCCCCUGCCUCCUCUACAUCGACGCCAAAGUCCAGCUCAACACCUCCCUCUCCGGAAGCCGCAGCCCCGUCAGAGACGCGAACCCCCGUCCCCGCCGUCUCAGGCGUGCCCCUCCCCGACGCACCGGGCGCCGAGGAACCAAACUCCGGCGACCCAAUCGACUGGACGCAGUCGUACCACGGCCUCGGGACAUCGGCAUUCUCGCCUGAGACCUCAACAGUCUUGCAGGCGCGCCUUAAUCCUGAAGACAUCGAGGUCAAGCCUGAUGGUAUCAUUUACCUCCCCGAGAUCAAGUAUAGACGGAUCCUAAACACCGCGUUUGGACCCGGUGGCUGGGGUCUGGCGCCCCGGGGACAGCUCAUGGUUCACGAUAAACUAGUUACGCGGGACUAUGCGCUUGUUGUGCACGGACGAUUCGUAGCUCAAGCCCGAGGCGAGAUGUCCUACUUCACCGAAGAAGGCGUCUCGACGGCGGCCGAGGGAUGCAAGUCCAACGCGCUGAUGCGGUGCUGCAAGGACCUAGGCAUUGCGUCGGAGCUGUGGGACCCGCGCUUCAUCCGCAAGUUCAUGAAGGAGCAUGCUAUGCAAAUCUGGGUUGAGCACGUUGUCACCAAGAAGAGGAAGCAGAUCUGGUUGCGCAAGGACGACGAGGUCCGCUAUCCUUUCAAGAAGACGUCCUAGUUAAUAAAUUUCCGUGGGAUAUUCUGAUAUAAGACGAUGGGCAACGUCGGGGUUAGAUUUUGUUUGAUGGGGGAUGCUGUACGAUAUCACGAGGUGGGAAAUAUACCCCGAGGAAUUCUACACUCCAGACAUGGGCAGGGAAGCUUACUACGCAGCUCUUGCCCUGAGCUAUAACAUGCAUAUUUAUGGCUCUAUGAUGUCACGUAUAUUAACAGUC